ACGCGGCUACCUGAUAAUACCGUAAGUUCGCUAUGAGUAUCGCAAUUCUCUCCAUCCAUACUGCACGUCCAGUCUUCAAAAAGCGGAAACUCGACAAGCCCCAUCAUGUCUUCACCUAAUCUAGGCCCUUUGGCAAUGAGUCAAACAAAAGAUGACCUCGUCAAGCAUCUGAACAUUAGUGCGGAGACGUAUACCCUGAUGGCGAAAGAGACAGAUGUGGUCUAUAGGUGGCUUAUUUCUGAGAAAUGCCACCUCAAGGGGAAUUGCAAAGGGAAACCUCCGUACGAUUGGAGCGAUAUUGUCGAGAGAUCGAAAGAUGAAGCAAUGAAACUGAUAGUCCAAAAUGGUACUGAUCAGACGGCAUACUACUGGAACUUAGCCAAGCCGACUCCCGACUGCCCAAACUGGAUCGCAAGAUGGUUUUUAUAUCAUAAAUUUCGCUAUCGAGAUGGUAGGAACAGAAAUAUCAGGGCCGAUAGUAGGGAUACUGCGCCAUACAAUCCGAAACCCCCUUCGCACCACCAUCACAACAAUUACCGCCAUUCGCACCAUUCAUACCCUUCACACCAUAGAAAUGUACAGGUAGAUGAGCAAUACAGCCACUCUUCGUACUAUUCAAGUGCGUCCAUGAAUACAGGUAUGUGUAAUGGCUUCUAUCCACCAAAGUUAUCCACAAAAGCUGGAAGCAAAGAAAUGAUGUCUGUGUGGAACGUAUGCGCGCCAUAUAUCUCGCAUAAAAGACCCUUUGUGCAGCAGUUUGCCACUAGAGACAGUCAGGGAUACAACUAUUCUUCCACUGAGCCUAGCUCAUCUACUAGUCGCUACGCCACCUACUCAUCUAGUCAAGCCUAUGCACCAUCGUCGACGUACGUAUCGUAUGCGUCAUCGCCGAUCACCCGAGAGAGUGGACAGACUAAGCCAUACGAUCCAGUUAGAGAUCUUUAGUCGCCCGUAGUACGACUGUACGAGACGCGGCUAUAUUGGCAUACCGCACAUGAAGCCAUGAUGUUAUGAGUUCUUGUUACGAUAGGAUGGAGUUCACGGCAGGCAUCAAUGCGAGGGGCGCCGGGAUGAAUUGUUACGAUAAUCAUGGCAAUAUAGUUACUUGUUCGGUUAUUGAGGAAUCAUUGGUCGACGUCUUACAACAUGGGAGUUUUAUCUAUUUUACUGCUGGGGAGGCAUGUCUACGAAUGUUCUUUGGAUCGGGAAUUGACUUCAAAAGUGCUUUAAUAUCAUAAUAUCAAGACCAUCUUCAACCACAUCCUCUUUCGCAACCU